AUGAUCAGAACCCCUACUAGAACUAAAACAAAAUCCUACAAUGGAUCACAAGCUGAUUUUAGAUUUCCUUAUGAGGAGAAUCAGCAUUUGAGAAAGAUUUCUGAGCAUGCUUUGAAUAAUCACCACUUGCUUAAUGAACAAUUGAACAAAUGUUCAGAAGACGACACACAUUCCCUUCACUUCUCUGAUUAUACUACUAGCAACUCCAACUCUGGAAACUCUUCGAAUGGGUACUACUCCUUUGCAAACAUAUCAGAUAAUACUACAAAUCCCGAGCGCCUGUCUGCAACCAGAAAUUCUAAGGGUGCUUUAAAUAGCAACCGCUAUUCAUAUAUCUCAUCUUCUGGUUCUUCAGUGCAAUACCCAGGAACAUUGGCUCCAGAAAGAACUCCAAAGAUCUGUUCUUCUUCCAACUCACCAAAAUUUGGCAAACCAUCAGAAGGAAACUUUGACAUGCAAUGCAUCCCCGAAACAUUUUCUGCGGUUACAUCAUCUUUCACUCUACCGACAGCCGAUAAUAUUUCCUUUCAAAUCUCAAGUAAUUCUGAUUCCGAGAAUAACUCGCCAAAUAAUCACGUUCCUCUAUUGCAAAGGACAGUCUCUGAUAUAAAACUAAACUCAAAGAAAAGUCUUGUUAAAAGAUCAACAUCUUUAUCAUCGCAACGUUCACAGUUAAAAAGAUCUAAUGCUAUACGUUGUAAAGGCGGAAUGCUUGAAUAUUUCACCAAGGCAGGCUUGAAGCUAAAGAGAUAUCUAAAAAAACUCUACUUUACAGUUAAACGAAGAUUAUUUUCUUACAAGCACCGCAGAUUGAGCAAGAGUGACAAGAAAAAAACGACAUCACAUCUUAUGCGUUCGAAUGGAUAUCUGGCGAACAUAAAAAGGUCUCAAACUAUAAGAUCCUUAGCUUCUCAUCUCGAAAGCAACCAUCUUCCUGUUACUACACCAACUAAAUUUCAAAAUAUUAACAAUGAUGAUCUGAAGACACCGGGUGCAACUCAUCAUUCUCUAAGGAGAACUCCAUCCUCGAUUAAAAGAGCGGCUUCUAUUUUGGUUACUAAUAACUCAAUUACUGAUUCAAAGAAUAAACAUGACGUUGCAAGAAAUUAUUCGAACAAACUAGUUCGUUCACAACCAUCUUUAAACCUUAACAUGGCAGUAAGACAACCAUCUAUUGUUGUUAAAAACAAGGUAAUUCCGCUAUCUAGAUUUGAUAACAAAAGCUAUUGUAUCCGUGAGGAAGAUGAGGAGGAAGAGGAAGAUGCUGAGGAUGAGUAUAUCAUUGAUACGAAUAAAAUGCAAUCUCUGUGCUCAGAUAUGGAUUCUAUUACUUCUUCACUACAUGAUGAGUCCAUUUUCCAAGACGCGUUAAGCUAUUCUUCGUCGGCAGAAUCACUCCCAGAAUCGGUAAAAGUGACAAACGCUAGAAAAGCGUGGGACUCUUAUCUUCGCGCCGUAAUCUCUCAAAGGAUACAGAUGCGACUACAAAUUGCAAAGUUCCAAGCUUCUCAAGACAAUGAUGUAUACAAAGAGCUGCUAGAGGCCAUUACAACAGAUUAUGAAUCAGAUGCUAUCUUUUCAAACGAAGAAUCUCAUACGGAAGAAGAAUCCAUCUCCAAAUCUGAGUAUGAUUCUGGGUCCGAUAUUGAGUCUUUACAUCCUCUUUCUCCAGCACCUGAAUCAAUUAAAAGCACACCACUUAUUAUCCCACAGAGCUUCUGUGACAGUUUCACCUCUCUGUCCAACUUUCAAUCCUCUGUUCAAACUAGCGUUCGUAGAACUCUAACGCUGCCAGUAGGAAUUACAAUUUAG